AUGCUCAUCAAAGAUUUGUUUGUUUGGUUUCGUGAACAAAUCUUCACUUACAAUUUAUUCAUUCCAAUUGAAAUCGAUUCAGAAAAUGAAAACGAGCAAAUCCAACAAACUAAUUCCAAUAUCAAAUAUCAAAGAUACGCAACUCGUCUUUACGUUCCUCUAUUCAUUAUUAUAUUUUACAUAAUCUCAUUAAUAAUGCUUGUAAGUCCACGAAGUCGACUGAUCACGAUAUCUGGAAUGACUCCAGCGAAAUUUAAUGAACUUCGUAAAAAUCAUGGAGAAAGUCUUUCGUGUCCGUGUUCGAGUACAACAAUGAUUUACAAAGAAUUUCUUUCGAAUUCGAUUUCAUUUCAUCCAGUUUGUACGAGUAUUUUUGUGACGGAACAAUGGAUUGAAGGAGUUUAUUUCGAGAAUGCCAGUGCAUAUUUAAUGAUGGAUUUCCGAUCAACAGCAAGUUCUCAGUUUGCACUACUCUCAACACUUUGCAAAUAUUGUCAAAAGAUAAUCAAUGAAGUAGAAAUCGAUUUGGAAAACGAGAUUUUCCUAACUAAUGAUCUUUAUUCCGAAGAUGAAGUUCAAUCUCAAAUCUUAAAAGAUGUCGAAUUAAUUCGUUUAAGUACUCCAAUUCGAUCGAUUUUAUCUCUUUUAUUUCUUCAAACUAUCACUCAAUCAAAUUCAUUUAUUUCCGCAUUAAACACCAAUGCUGUAGUUUAUAUUUAUUAUCUACAAAAUAGAUCUAUAGUAUCAGCAGGCUUCACCACCUAUCAAAAUCCGAAAUCUCCUGAAUUGUCUUAUUUGAUUUCCACAUGUCAAUCAAUAAAUGUAACAGUUCCAUCGGGAAUUUAUAAUGUAUCUUAUGAACAAACAGCUGAUUAUCGUGCCUUUUGGCCUGCAUUUCAACCAUUUUUCAAUCCAAAACCAAUUGUAUUAAUCAAUGGAUUUUUCUCUGGUUGUACUCCACUUGAUGCUCUUUUGAUGAGUUCAUUAGAUUGUCUAUUUAAUCAAACUUGUUUAGAUUAUCUUCCGAUUUAUUUUCCAAAACUUAAUCAGAUUAAUUCAAGUUUGAUCAAUGGUCUUUGUCAUUCGAAACAAGAAAAGAUUUCGUUAAAAGAAAAUUUGAAUAAUUUGUUAAUUGAAGAAUGGAUAACGAAUAUAAAUUAUUCAAUUUACUUUGAAAAAUGUUCACCUUUGAAAUGCUUUUAUACAGAAACUAAUCGAAUGAAUUAUUCAUAUGCAAUUACAUUCUUAUUCAGUCUUUACGGUGGUCUUGUUAUCAUAUUAAGACUCAUUUCGAUGGUUUUGAUUAAAAUAUUGUUUCAAUUGAAGAUUUAUCAAGUGAAUCUUCAAUUCAAUAGAAAUAUUAUCAUGAGAAAUAUUCAUAAAAUAAUACAAUGGAUGAAACAGUUGAAUAUAUUUCCUUCAGUUCAACAAAAAACACCAAAUGAUAUAAAAGAACAACGUUUAGCAACAAAGAUUUAUUUACUUUUACUUUCAGGUUCAUUUCUGAUCUUAUUGUUAUUUACUUCAUUAAAUUCUGAAAUGUUAACAAUAUACAAAAUGAAUCCAACAUUAAAUGAAUAUAAAAUCUUCGAAAAUUUGAAUUUGAAUUCACUUCAAUGUCCAUGUACAAACAUGACUAUUUCCUAUUCAAUAUUCAAUUCAUUUAAUCCUAUUUUACAUGAUGUUUGUUCAAGUGAUUUCGUCGGUUCAGAUUGGAUUUCAAUGAUGAAAUUAUUAGAAACACUUCCGGAAGGAAUUCAAUGGUAUGGAAUCAACGCUCAACAAAUUCGUCUAUUAGCAAAUUUAUGUGAAAAAGCAAAUAAAACUAUUGCAGAUGCAACAAAUCGUUUUAAUCAUCGUUUAUUGUUCACAUUGAAUGCGUUAAAUCAAAUUCUCCAAGAUUUUCUUCGAAUUAAUUCAAAAGAAACAAACUUUCUAAUCCUUCUUGGUAAACUUACUUUCAUCAUGGGUUUUUAUCCGAAAACAAUCAAAUAUUUCGAACAAUUAUUAAUUUAUCAAAAAGAUAUGGAAACUAUUCGUCUCAUUCAAUUCUAUCUCGCUCGAUCUUCACAUUUACAAGGCGAUUUAAAACGAGCGAGAGAUCUGUACGAUCAAAUUUACGAUGGAUUAAUGCAUUCGAAUCCGAUCAAUCGGAAGGAUACUGGAGAAAUUCUUAACCAGAUUGGACAUGUUCUGGAAUUACAAUCGAAUUACGAUGAAGCACUUCGUUUUUAUGAAAAAUCUCUCGAAACACGAGAAGAGACUUGUUCAUCCGACGAUCCUGACAUUGCCAUUAGUCUUAUCAGUAUCGCAAAUCUUUAUUUCAAACGACAAAAGUAUAACGAAGCUUUGGAACAUUUUCAACGCGCAGUGAUUAUUCAAGAGAAAUUGUUUCCCAAUCAUUUCAAUGAUUUAGUUAAAACAUUGAAUUUGAUGGGAAAAGUUCUUUUGAAACAAAGCAAAUCGAGUGACGCAUUGAAGACUUUUCAAAAAGCCUUGAAGAUCCAAGAAGAUUUCCAUUCGAAUGAUUAUCCGGAUAAAAUCGAGACUUUCGAAAAUAUUUCAUUGGCCUAUGAAAAAUUAAAAAUUCCACGAAUGGCUCUUGUUCAUUACAAAAAGAUUUUAGCGAUUGAACAGAAAUAUCUUUCAACGGAACAUCCGCAACGAAUUCAAACAGAGAAAAACAUUCAAAGACUUUCUUCACUUAAAUAA